CCCCAGUCUCGCGAUCCAACUAUUCCAACCAUCCAGGGCUGGGUGGGGCGCUCGGCUCUUGGGUCCCCCCCCCUCCGGUCUCCCCCUUCUGCCCCGAUCCCUCCCUUUCUGGGAUGGGGCCAGCCAAUGAGCAACGAGACAGGUUUGGCCUGGGAGCUGGGUUGUGCGCGAAUCCCGCCCCCCCCUCCCGCUCCACAGUUCUGGCCGCAGUCCUGGUGCGCACGGACGUGGCUCGAGUUUCCUCCAGCUCUCCGCACGCUCGCUCGCUCUUCUCCCACUCUCACUCCUUCUUCUCUCCCGAUCUCCCGCUCCACUCAGCCAGCCGCUUCCCUGCACGGCUCCCAGUAAGCCAUGGAGGACGUCACGCUCCAAAUCGUCGAGCGACCGUUUCCCGGGUUCCCCGAUGCCACCGAAAGUCCGGAGCCCUCUCCAGUGGGGGCGCCGACGACCGAAGAGCCGUCGGGGGCCGGCUCUGAAGAGCUGAUCAAAUCAGAUCAGGUGAACGGUGUGCUGGUACUGAGUCUCCUGGAUAAAAUCAUCGGCGCCGUCGACCAGAUCCAGCUGACCCAAACCCAGCUGGAGGAGCGGCAGGCGGAGAUGGAGGGCGCGGUGCAAAGCAUCCAGGGCGAACUGAGCAAGCUGGGCAAGGCGCACGCCACCACCAGUAACACCGUGAGCAAAUUGCUGGAGAAGGUGCGCAAGGUCAGCGUCAACGUGAAGACCGUGCGCGGCAGCCUGGAGCGCCAGGCCGGCCAGAUUAAGAAACUGGAGGUCAACGAGGCCGAGCUGCUGCGGCGCCGCAACUUUAAAGUCAUGAUCUACCAGGACGACGUGAAGCUGCCAGCUAAGCUGAGCGUCGGCAAGUCUCUCAAAGAGUCCGAGGCGCUGCCGGAGAAGGAAGGCGACGAGCUGGGCGAGGGCGAGCGCCCGGAGGAGGACGCCGCGGUGCUCGAACUCUCCUCCGACGAGGCGGUGGAGGUGGAAGAGGUGAUCGAGGAAUCGCGCGCGGAGCGCAUCAAGCGCAGCGGGCUGCGGCGCGUGGAUGACUUCAAGAAGGCCUUCUCCAAGGAGAAGAUGGAAAAGACCAGGGUGCGCACCCGCGAGAACCUGGAGAAGACGCGCCUGAAGACCAAGGAGAACCUGGAGAAGACGCGGCACACGCUGGAGAAGCGCAUGAACAAGCUGGGCACGCGCCUGGUCCCCGCCGAGCGCCGCGAGAAGCUCAAGACGUCACGUGACAAGCUGCGCAAGUCCUUCACGCCCGACCACGUGGUCUACGCGCGCUCCAAGACGGCCGUCUACAAGGUGCCGCCUUUCACCUUCCACGUCAAGAAGAUCCGCGAGGGCGAGGUGGAGGUGCUGAAGGCCACCGAGAUGGUGGAGGUGGGCCCCGAUGACGACGACGAGGGCGCCCCGCGUGGGGAGGCUGCCGACCUGCUGCGCGGGAGCAGCCCCGACGUGCACACGCUGCUGGAGAUCACCGAGGAGUCGGAUGCCGUGCUGGUGGACAAGAGUGACAGCGACUGAGCCCCACCGCGCCAAGAGAGCGCGCAUGCGCGGGGGGGGGCGCGAGCGAGGGGCUCUGGCCCUUGGACGGGGUGGGCUCCGCGCCUCGCCCUGCCGCCUGCUGCUGCUCUCUGUCCCCAGCCCCUACUCACCUACUCUCCCCUUUCCAAACUUGCUCUUUUGCAUUUUCCUCAGACCCUUUUGGGUGGAGAAUUUUCUGAAAUAUCAAUUCCUCCCACCCUGUCCCCCUCCCCACCGAGAGGAGCGUGCCUGCCAAUCACACAGUUAGUGGGCGGGAGGCAGGCCCCGCCCCCACCUUGGACAGCCUCAAUUUGGACAUAGCCUGGAUGGGAUAUGCUUUUCCAUAUUAGUGAUCCUUGGGGGGGGGGUUCCUUAAUUCCAUGGUUGGGCCCCUUGGGGGUGGGGGUGGAAACUGCCUGCCACUCAUUUUGCCCCCCAUCACACCCACCUGGCUAUGUCAUUCCUGCUCCUUGAGCUCUUCUCAUCCUCACCCCAGGAGUCUCUGAAGCCAAAAUUACUGCAAGAAGAGUAAACCUUAAAGAGCCUCUUUGCCCAUAGACUCCUACUAGAAGACUUGAGAAAGUCUGUGGGAACUUGAGGCUGGGGAGAAAAGCCCAGUGACCUUGCACUAGUGUGGGUUAACUACAGAGCCUGGGGAAGGAAGAGGGUGGGAACACGUGUAGGGGAGGGGCACUUUUACACAUCUUCCGUUUCUGCACACUGUCUGCACACAGGAGCACGUGGCUAUGGCUUUGAGAAGAAGAAUGGGAUAAUAGGAACAAGUGGAAAAGAAGGAUGAAGAGAGAAGCGUCCUUAUUAGUAGCAUGAAGAAAUACUGGAUAAAAUCCAAAUCUGGAAGUCCCAGGACAUCAGGACCAUUUUCAGGAGUAGGACGAUAGGAAGGCAGCUUGGAAGAGGGGUGAGGCAAAGAGAAAGGAGAGGUGACUCUUAACGAAGAUCCCUCAAUUGGGGUUUGCCUAGGAAAUUAGGGUCCCAGAAGGGGGCAGCAGCAGGCUGCAGGAGAGCCAGGAGUUAAGAGCCAGGCUGGGGGAAAGAGCAAGAGUUGCUAAUGGACUGGCUGUGUGUGAGCAGACAGCUGGAGGGGAGGUCUGCACUGGGCACGCGCAGUAGAGCAGCCUGCACAGCUGUUCCUGCAGAAGCUAUUGCACAUCUUUCUCUGACAUGUAGGACUUGUCCAGACCCUGCUGGGUUCCUUGUCUUUAAGAAUGCAUUUACCAAAACAUUGGGGCAGUCUGAGGCUUGAUUUUUGUCAUCUACUGACCAUGCUAUCCUCAGGACAUUUUAGUCCCCUUGCUUUUCUCCAUUAAAGACUUGUCAGACCAAGGAGAAGCCUCUUCCUUCCCCUCCCAAGUCACAGCCCCAAAGGAUUUCUGGGGCUUCAGCUACAGCCUACUGCUGGACUCCUUGUCUUCCCUGCUCUGCUUUUCUUUUUCUUUUUGAAUUAUAGCUAAUUGUGUUAAGGGGGUGGGAGGGAAGGAGCCUGGGGACACAAACCUUUUAUACAACACAAAGCUUUGCUUUUUUUCUUUUCUUUUCUUUUCCUUUUGUUGGUUCCCUUCCUCCUCUGAAUGGUUAGAGAUUUGUCAGCUGAAGGAGAUGGGGGAUUGUGUGUCAAGUCUCUAAGUGCUGAUGGGCAGAAGGGGCCUGAGCUGUGGGAAGAUGCAGUUUCCUGUGGGCUCUAGGGAGCCUCUUAUGUUGCUGUGUCCUGGUGAGCAGCCCGACCAAUAAAACCUGCUUUUCUAAAA